AUGGCUAGCCAAAGCAACGUCCGGGAUACCUCCACUCUCAUCAAACGCAACGGAGCCGACUACUCUUCAGGCAAGAAGACAGAAUUAAUAGACUGGCUCUUGGCGUUAGAGCAAAAAGAAGGCGUCUUAAUCGUACCAGCCACCAAGAAUGGAGGCGCAACCCUCCUGAAAAACGACGAUUUCCGCAUCGACUAUCAGGGAUACUUCAACUCUAGCCCUUACCAGAUCGGAUGGAUCAACCUCCAAGUGCAAGAGAACACCCCGAGGAAGUCCAACACCUCCACAACCGUCAUAACGACAUACGUGCAUUAUCAAGGCUACCACCAGUCCGGACGGAUUACCAGCAGUGUUAUCUUGCAUGCCAUGGUCCAGCAGGCUAUGCACAAGAUCGGCGAGUACUCGGUCUUUGUAUCUAAGUCUCAAGAAGGAAAUACCGCGGUGAAGAACAUUCCGCGGAGUCCUCAGGGUUUGCUUGAGUACGGUUGGGGCAGUUUGGAGGAUGUGAGGAGGGUCCAGGGCCAAAAGUGGAAUGACCCAAAGAUGAAGGGGAAAUGGGCUGCUAUUUGGGUUCCAGGACAUUAG